AUGACCUAUUUGAUCUUUGACACCGUCUCCGCUGCCUCUGCCUUCGAGUUCUACAUGCAGCAAUGGCGGCGGGGGGAGCUCGCCACCUCCUCCUCCGACGACCUCUCUUGUCGUGUCGUCCUCGUCGCCGGGCUUCGCGCCGCCGAGAUCCUCCUCGCCAAGCCUCUCGUGCGGGCCGCUGCGCCGCACGCAGCACGGUCGCGAGACGACGACCCCUCGGCAGCUGCGGCGGCGGCGGCGGCGAUUCGAUCCCGGAACGCUCCCCAGCCGGGGUCGCUCGGCCUCGUCUCCGACGCGUGGGAGCUCCAAACCGAUCGGGUCCUCCCGUUUCUGACUGAGAACAGUGAUUUUGUGGUGAUUGGGAUAAUUGGACCUCCUGGUGUUGGCAAGUCGACUAUCAUGAACGAGCUUUAUGGCUUCGAUGGAAGCUCUCCUGGAAUGCUGCCGCCAUUCUCUAUUCAAUCUGACGAAACCAGAGCAAUGGCAAAGCACUGCACUGCAGGUAUAGAAUUGAGGGUUUCUUCAGAGCGACUCAUACUUCUUGAUACCCAGCCUGUAUACAGCCCCUCUUUGUUGGUCGACAUGAUGAGACCCGAUGGCUCAUCUACAAUUCCUGUAUUAAAUGGGGAACCCUUAUCAGCUGAUUUGGCUCAUGAGAUGAUGGGUAUUCAGCUUGGUGUCUUCCUGGCAUCAAUUUGUAACAUAUUGUUGGUUGUCUCAGAGGGGAUUCAUGACUUCACUAUGUGGCAGCAGAUGCUCACGGUUGAUUUAUUGAAGCACAAUAUACCAGAUCCUUCUUUGUUGGCACCUUCUAAUUCCCAGGGUCAUAACGUUGCACCAGAUAAGGAAAAUAGUAAUGAAGAGUAUUUGGCUGACCUCGUCUUCAUACACACCAAAUUAUGGGAGCAAGACUUUUCUUCUUCAAGCAUUACCUUGCUUAAGAAGGCUUUGUCGCAUCAUUUCAACACCGCCUCAUUUAAUGUGACCGAUUCUGCAUCACAAGCGGGUUCUUCUAGUUCCCAAAGCACAGAAGUCGAGGAGCCAGAUUCGACUCAACCACGCCUGUUAUUCCUGCCUCAAAGAGUACCAGAGAGCUCAACAAAAUUUGAGGUGGAAAGUUUCUCAUCCGGGUUGGGAAAGCUUCGAGACAAGAUAUUGUCGAUGAAUCCGCGCUCCUUUUCAAAGAACAUCUCCGAGCGUGAUUGGUUGCGCGGUUCGGCUAAGAUCUGGGACUUGGUAAAGAAAUCUCCGGUUAUUGCCGAUUACUGCAGGACUCUUCAGAGUACGGGAUUGUUUAGGAAGUAAAAAGGCAAAAAAAGGGGGCUAAAUUACAAAAAGAGUCUCGGCGCCACAUCAGUGUCAUGUAAGCUCGCUGGGGAGGGGCGUUAAGUUGGACACGGUACUGUGAAUGAUUCACCGUAUUCUAUAUUUAUAUUGUCCUUAUAUUUUUCCUUUUCAAUAUUUUUAUUUUUUCUAGAUACGAUGAAUCAUUUACCUGAAGGAAUUACCAUGUUUAAUUUAUUCCAGCACCUCCA